AUUGGAGAAUUGGCCCGAUUUUGACAUUUCUAUUUAAACAGUACAGAUUGAUGUCUGGCAAACUACCUCUGAUUCAUACAUCCGGGGUAUAGUAUCAUAGCUGCUGUAGGGUUUGGUGUUCGCUAAAGGUAUAAGAUAAUACAGUUGUAUUGUGUAAGGCGUUCAACCGUCUUCACACCAAUCCCCGGAAUGAUGCAUACCACAGACGUAGCAAUUGCUGUCAGUUUCCUCCUACUUAGCUCUGUUGUCCACAUCCACGCCUCAGCACUACCAGCUGUAAGAUAUGCAGUGUCCGAUGGUAUUGCUUUCACCAUUAAGGCAGGCAACGCCCACCUCGAUCCAGGGGUGGCGCACCCCAUCCAGUUCACAAACGCCAUAACAAACCAGGGCGGCUACUACGAAAACGCUACUGGCAAGUUCCUGGCGCCAUUCAGCGGGCUGUACUUGUUCAGCGCCAGCCUCUUCAACGUCUACGCUGGUAAGAAAUUGGAUACAGAUAUCGUUAUAAACGGUCGGCACACCGUGAAUGUGUACUGUAGCGCGUGGCUGGGAGACUCGGCCUGUUCUGCGUCCGUCGUCAUCAGGCUGGAGGAGGGCGACCACGCCUGGGUGGAAGACGUCAGUGGGCAGAUGGUCCACCGUGACUCCACCUUCACUGGUGUUCUCUUUAAACAGAUACUACUAACCAAUGGGACACACCGUCCACCGUGACUCCAUCUUCACUGGGGUUCUCCUUAACAGAUACUACUAACCAACGGAACACGCCGUCCACCGUGACUCCACCUUCACUGGGGUUCUACUUAACAGAUACUACUAACAAACGGGACACACCGUCUACCGUGACUCCACCUUCACUGGGGUUCUCCUUAACAGACAGAUACUAAUAACCAACGGGACACACCGUCCGCCGUGACUCUGCCCUCACUGGUGUUCUCCUUAACAGACAGAUACUAAUAACAACGGGACACACCGUCCGCCGUGACUCCACCUUCCCUGGGGUUCUCCUUAACAGAUAUUACUAACCAACGGGACACACCGUCCACCGUGACUCCACCUUCAACGGGACACAAGGUCAAACGUGACUCCACCUUCAAUGGGGUUCUCCUUAACAGAUACUACUAACCAACGGGACACAAGGUCAGCUGUGACUGCAUAUCGUUAAUUGGACUUCAAACUUUAGAUGCAACAGUUAACUUUUCCGGACGGGGGCAAUAUAUAUUGCUUUAUUUUGACUAUUUCGCAACUGUUUGGAGUCUUAUUUUUUCUAAAAUAUUUUGAAAAUAAAGUUUUAUUGAUAGCGUGUUUGUACACUUCUGUUUGCCAUGUCAUCAUUAUUAAACCCCUUACACUAUCAUUGUAAGAAGGGGGCUACGAUUAAAGGUAAUUUAGGCAGUAAAACACAUCUUUUUUCGACUACCAUUUAUUGGUUUAUCUCUUUAGCUUUUAGUAAUUUAUCUCUCAACUUGUACGGUGUUGACAAACAUAUGAUGUCGCAAUGA